CACAUGAUAACAGAAUUUCCGGAAAUUGACAGGAAGUGCAUUUACGCUGAUGAUCGUCAAGACUAAAGUCGCUAGAAGAUGAAUACUCGUGGCCUGCGCUCUCAGCUGAAGGACAGUGUUCCUGUCACAGGUCUGUGUCCACAGGCUGGUCCUUAUGGGGUCCAAGACUCUCUGCGCAGAGGGUUCUCUAGUGUAAAAAAUGAGCUUCUACCGAGUCAUCCAUUGGAGCUCUCUGAGAAAAAUUUUCAUCUUAACCAGGACAAGAUGAACUUCAACACACUAAGGAACAUCCAGGGUCUCCACGCACCCCUCAAACUACAGAUGGAGUACAGAGCAGCUAGACAGAUUCAGCGUUUGCCCUUCCUGCCCAGCUCAAAUCUGGCCCUGGAUACCCUGAGAGGUAGUGAUGACACCAUUGGCUUUGAGGACAUCCUCAAUGAUCCUAUCCAGUGCGAGAUGAUGGGCGAUCCUCACAUCAUGACCGAAUUCAAGCUUGGUGUCCUGUAAGGAUGGCGAUUCAGCACAAGCCUGUAGAUUGUGUUAUUAUAUGCAUUGUUUGACUGCUGUUUCUAAUAAAAUGUAAAAUUUGAAAGCUGAAA